UAAGUAUACUUCCUUUUCAGAAGGGACGUUUCUUAGCUAGUUAGCGUAUAAUCAUCAAACUGGCAACAUUUAGUAAGAUAAUUAAAAAAUGCAGUAUUUUAUAGGUACUGUAAUUAGAUGUACAGUGUGUUGCGUACACUAUAAAAUUUUAACAGUUGAUGAUAUUGUACUGGAACAGGUAAUCACAGCAGUUGUUGCUCGACAGCUCACGCAGCAUUUUACAGUAGUGAUAAACACAAGUGCCCUAAAGCAUCUAACCAGAAAUGCAAAUAUGAUUCCUGAACAAACUAAUGGCUUGGAAGCUUUGCUUUUUUUUUUUUAUCGAUGGAGAUUUAGAGAUAAUGUGGUAGAGCAAUUGUGGUCGUCCUGCUCGGUCUACAUUUCCAAAAAGAGAAGUACCAUAGAGAAUGAGCUGCACGUGGAGAGGCCUGACGUUGUAUUUAAAUGGGCCUACAUUUAAAUGGACCCAUGUCUGUGGCACGCCAUUUGUUAUGGUAGUCUAUAAAAUCAGCUGCUGUUCUGAAAUCUCUGGUACACCUGUUUGAAAAUUAUCUGCUGGACCACACCUGGAUCUAACACUCACCCAGAGACAUGCCGUCAACAGCCAAUAUGGGAUCUCUAGAUAAUGACAUCAACCAAGACUUCCAGGAUGCCAUUGAUGUGAUGCAACGGCACUCAGAAAUACUGUGCUAUGACACAGACAUUAAAUAUUACGAGACGCUGCGGAGUCAUGACUCUUCAAUGACAUACUCUCCUUCCUGCUACCAUUCCUGUUACACCCCCCACAGUGGGACCCCAGGAACCCCAUGCGAGUGGGGUGAGGCAUCACCAUGGUCUCAUGUUGUGCCAGAGGCGUCUCCCUGGGGCACGCCUGAGCCCCCGGCUCUGUAUCCAGUCCUUCCAGAACGCCUCAGAAAAGGUGAGCAAGUCCGUAAGAAGCUGCGUCUCUAUGAAUACCUGCAUGAAGCACUCCACGAUGCCGCCAUGGGCGACUCCAUCCAGUGGACAGACCGCGGGAGCGGCACCUUCCACUUCAUCUCCAAGAACAAAGAGAAGCUGGCCGAGUGCUGGGGCCAACGCAAGGGCAACCGCAAGGCAAUGACCUACCAGAAAAUGGCACGAGCUCUUCGCAACUACAGCCGCACUGGCGAGAUCAUCAAGGUGCGGCGCAAACUCACCUACCAGUUCAACCCACUGAUCCUGCAGAGGCUGGGCACCAUGGGAGUGUCCAGCUCUGGGCCCUCAGUCCAAGAGUUGCUCCCUCAUCAGCAAGUCCCUUCUGAGCAGGGUUAUUACUGCUCAGCUGGACCUGACUGGCACAGCUGGUACGGGCAGUACCCGUACCAAGGGGAGUAUGACCUCACUGCUGCACUAACAUCACCAGACAGCCUGAAAACACAUGUUCCAUCAGAGUGAUUUGAAUAUGAAUCUGCUAUAUGCAAACGCCUGUGGAACAGUUCAUGUUAUGAAGAAAACAUGUACAAAAAUGUGUGAACAUAUGAACAUGUGAACUACUCUAAUGAAGUAGACUAAAUACUUUUACCUUAUGUCAUCUUCUAACACAGUGAUCUGUUAACUCCUGUGAGUUAAUAAUCCAGCAAUACAAAGUCCUCUAUUAUAUACAGUAGUAUGUGAACUCCUGUGGGGCCACUGACUGAAAACUUAUGUAAAUUAAGUGAUGUAUAUAUUCAGAAUAUGCUCUUUUUUGUGAAGUGAUGUAAUUUUUGUAUAGAAUGAGCCAAUAAAGUUUCCUGUUCAACUUUA